AGUAGCCUAACCAAGAUGGGUCAGUCUAUAUUAUAUAGCUCGAAGCAUCCCCAACGUAGCACCAUCGUGCACUUGUUCCUCCAUCCAUCCAUGGCUUGGCGCGUCAUCUUCUUCUUCAAAACCCCGGAGCCCAAACCCUCCGCGUUCCGAAACCCUAGCCUCUGCAACCUCCUCGCUUCCCCAUACUCCACCUCCUUCCUCAAGACCAAGCUCCCCAAAUCGCUCCGCAAGAAGCGCAAGAAGAAGGACUCCCCUCGGACCACCCCCGUCCAGACCCUCCCCAACCGCAACCCCCACUUCGAGUCCACCGUCGACCGCGACGCCCGCUUCCGGUUCCUCGCCCGGUCCAGGGACUUCCUCGCCCGGCAGCCGGAGCGCGUCCUCCGCCUCGACGACGCCGGCAAGCUCCACCGCGAGCUCGGCUUCCCCCGCGGCCGCAAGGUCGUCCGCUCCGUCCAGCGCCACCCCCUCCUGCUCGAGGUCUACCGCCACGCCGACGGCAAGAUGUGGCUCGGGUUCACCGCCCUCAUGGAGGAGCUGCUCGAGGAGGAGAGGCGGAUCGCGGACUCGAUGGAGGCCGACCGGGUCGACAGGGUGCGUAGGCUCCUCAUGAUGUCUGCUGACAAGCGAAUUGCGUUGAGUAAGAUUCAUCACUGCCGGUCCCUGUUCGGGAUUCCUGAGGAUUUUAGGGAUAGGGCUUUGAAGUAUCCGGAUUAUUUUAGGGUGGUUGUGGACGGCGAUGGGAGGAGAGUGCUUGAGCUGGUGAACUGGGACCCGCAUUUGGCGGUGAGCGAGCUCGAGAGGGAGUUCUUGGCCGAUGAAGAUGGAGUGAAGAAGGCUUUUCGAUUCCCGGUAAAGCAUAACAGGGAUUUGGAUUUGGACGCCGACGAUACGAGGAAGCUUAACCUGUUGAACACGCUGCCGCUCGUUUCGCCUUACUCGGACGGGGCGAGUUUGGAUUUGUGGACCCUGGAGGCGGAGAAGUAUAGGGUCGGUGUGUUGCACGAGUUCUUGAGCUUGACUUUGGAGAAGAGGGCGUCCAUACACCACAUCGUCGAGUUCAAGGAGGAGUUUAGCUUGACCAAGCAUACUUACCAGAUGCUCUUGAAGCAGCCCAGGACUUUUUAUUUGGCUGGAACGGAGAUGAACUGGGUAGUUUUCCUGAAGGAUGCUUAUGAUGAGAGCGGUGUUCUGAUCAGGAAAGACCCACAGGUGCUGUUCAAUGAGAAGUUAUAUCAGUAUGCUGGAAUGACGAAUAUGGAACCAGGGAUGAGGAUAUAGAUGACCGGAUGAGGUGUUGUGACAGCUUUGGAAUUUUGAGCAUCGACCAUACGGCAGAUGGAGAGCAAUUCCUCGAUUUGAACAUUGGAAGGAUGGUAGCAGGUGCCAUUCCCCUUCUUCUUGUGGCAGUGAGGACUUUUCACUGUCAAGCUUUCGAUUUCAUAGUUUAUGCCCGCGUAAUGUCAUUGAGGAAGGUCUUAUGGACUGUCUCGCAGCGGAUGGUCUGUUUAGUGGCAGAGAGAUCUCGACAAGUUAAGAAUUGGUCAUGUAGAUGAAGUUCCUUAAAGAUUUUCUGGAUGCUCAUAUUUAACGAGGAUGUCUUUGGAGGUGUCCACAACAGUGUGGGUGGACGUUGAAGCUUGUAACACCGCGAGUGCUUCACUGUCAACCUGAUCUUUUAGAAUGCCGACCCGGUCAUUGAAUUCACCUGCGGAACAACUUGUCAUCACCUUUCUUCUCUUCAAAUUUAAGCUGAGUUCAUGGCAUUAUUUCAGUGAAUGAUAUGGGCUCAUCAAGAUAAUAUUUGUCGGAUUGACUGCUUCAGUCUCGUACUUCUCGGAAUCCAGUUGUGACAACUUAGUGCUUUCAUUUAGUUUUUGUCAUAAGUUAGCAAACUAACUAAAAUCUGUCUCCUCUUUUAGUCAGAGUUACCAUAUGUGUACAGAGAUCCGAAGAGUAAAAUGCAGAUCGUGCAUUAGUUGCAUUAGGUCCUUCAAUUGUUGCUGCUCACUGGUGACCUAUCUUAUUCAGAUUGUUAAUAUAACUCGUUAAAUCACUUGGAGGAAGAUGAAGUUAUUCAGAAAAGGUAUGGGGUUCUUCCUUUUGCCAA